AUGGCGGCCAAGUGGUUCAAAGAAUUCCCUGCCAACCUCAAAACCGUCUCGGAGCGCCCCAAACCCAGCGCCGGGCAUCAUCUGAACAAGCCGGGCAGCGCCUCCCGAAAAAGUUUAGGGUCGCCCGAGGCCGGCCUGGCAUCUCUGCCCGGGAAGAACCGGAAGAACUCGGCCACCGAGCUGGGUGGCACCAAAACUCAGCUGGCACCGGGCAAAGAUGGCACCGGUAGCCGUUUAUCCCGGGACAAUCUGCAGGGCCUUUUGCAAGCCGCUGCGGGAAAAAUGCGCAAGAAUUCGCGGGUGGAUGGGGCCCUUCCGGAGGACCCCGGCUGGGCCCCCCCCAAAGGGAACUCCAGUUGUGGGGGCUACAUCAACCGUCUGAUCAAAGUCAACGCCCAGGAGAAAAAUGCCAAAAACUUUUCAGGAUCUGCUCCCAAUCCCAAAACGGUCCUGCCAGCCGAAGCGGAGAAGCCCAAGCAAGAAACGGUCAAGGUGAUCGUUCUGGAAGAUUACGCCGACCCCUACGACGCAAAACAGACCAAGGGACAGCGAGACGCUGAGCGGUUGGAAGAGAAUGACGGUUACAUGGAGCCUUACGACGCGCAACAGAUGAUAACCGAAAUCCGCCGGCGGGGGUCCAAAGACCCCUUUGGGGGGAAAGCCGUCCUGCUUCUGGACGAACCAGCAGCCAAGGGAGACCCGGGGGUCAAAGCCCCCGCCUCAAAACCUCUGCAGCUUUACGACACCCCUUACGAGCCGGCUGAGACGGGGUCCAAGUUCGAGAUGCGCCCCCCUCCGAGUGACGAACGGCCGCCGGCCGAGUACGAGCAGCCCUGGGAAUGGAAGAAAGAGCAGAUUGUUAAAGUUUUCUCAGUGCAGUUUGAGGGUCCGGAGAAAGUGCUGACCGCCGCUGAGACGGUUGUCUCGCCACCCCAGCACCAACCUUGCCCGCAAAACUGGCCAUCAAUGAUGGUUAAGUCUUCCCCGGGGAUCGAACUGGGCCUGGAUGGAGAGCGGGUGGAUUCUGCCCUCGUCUUGGAGAAACAACCGUGGUUUCAUGGCUCCAUCACCCGGGCCGAGGCGGAGAGCCGGCUGCAGCCGUGUCCGGAGGCCGGCUUCCUGGUCCGCACCAGCGAGGUGGGCCCCACCAAAUACUCCAUCGGCCUCAAGACAAGCCAAGGUUACGUCCACAUCAUCGUGGCUCAAACGAAGGAUCACAAAUACACUCUGGACCAAGCGGGCGGCCUCUUUGACACCGUCCCCGAAGUGGUGGGCUACUAUUCCACCGCAAAGCUGCCCUUCAAAGGGGCAGAACACAUGACUCUACGUUUUCCCGUCUCUGUUCCAAGCAAGAUUCCCUAAAGAUCCCAAUUUAGACCAGUUUGGGAACGGCUGAGCCGACUGGGGAAGUCGGCUGGAGACUGCACAGCGACCUCGCCAAAGUUCGCUUCGCCCGGAGACGUGAAUCCAUCUUUUCUCUUCAUUUUCCAGCAAAUUUAUUCCCGCGCGUCCCGAUGUGAUUCAAUAGGACUUUUCCCAUCCUGAAAUAUUACUAAAUUUGGGGGUGGGGGACACAGAGCAGGGGAGGAAGCCCCCCCUUUUGCUGGACACUGAAUUGACGGGAGUGGAUGGGGCUGAAACACAGCCUUGAUUGGCAGCUGCUCAAAACCAUCACCACUGGUUAACGUGGAGCCAGGUUCUCCGAGUUUUCUUGAACGAGAUAUUGUUGAGAAGACGGCCAACGGAGUUUGGAGAAUCCCAGCAACUCCCAGUCCCCACCAUUAAAGGCCAAGCGCAUUCGCGUAGGCUAAACUGGGAGGUUUC